CGGUGCUUCGCCGCAUUCUCGAUGACUUGAUAUACCCAGCUUCUCGUCUCACUUGCUAGUCCCUUCAUCAUCUUCUCUCGCUCAUGUACAACUUCACCGGUGUCGCUCCCGUCCACCGCGCCUUGUGCGGCGUGAGGCUGGACAAUUCCCUCUCCUUUGCCUCUCCCUCGCCGUACAAUCUGCCUCCCACCUGCUUCAACGAUGUCGUGCUGGUCCCUUUGGCUUCAUGGAUCUUCUACAUUGCGCUGCUAGCGUGGAUCAUAGCUGCUGCUCGAGUUCGUAGCAGCGCAAGCCCGGUCGCACCACUGCAGCGAUAUCGACAACGGUCGGGUGUUGGAGCUGGCAAGGGAAGAGGCCAUCUAGCAAGGACCAAGACGGCGGGGGUCGUCAUCUAUACGCUGCUCAUCAUUGCGUCGCUUCUCAUGAAUAUCCUGGAAAUCGUCCGUCUUGCUCUCGUCAAGCCCAACACGCGCGGAGUAGGCCUGCUCCCCUUCACUCUUGCCUCGAUCCUCAUCGUCCUCAUCAUCAUCCACAUCCCGCUUUCGACACGAAUGCGUCCCUGGACAAGCGCAGCUACGCUCCUCUUCUGGUGCGCCUCCAUCGCAAUGACGAGCGUGAAACUCCGGGUCCUCGCACUCAUGAUGGAGCCUGAGCCAAGGUACGGCAGCGAGUACCUCGAUUCCGACCAGCAGAUUGACGUCGGCGUCAUUGUGGGCCUGUAUGCAAUAUUCGUCAUCGUGGAGGUCAUCAGGAUGCCCAUGGCCUGGCGGGAGGCGAGGCGCCCUCAAGCUGGUGGGGCAGGCGAGGAGGACAAGGGGUCGGUAUAGCGUUGAUGUGAUCGAUAAUGCCCCGUCUGAUCUCUACGAUGCGCUGCGAUAAUUCUGUCUCGACUAUACCACGAAUGGAUUGCAAUUCCACCCCUCUCUCUCUGCGUGCAUAC